AUGAAUAACCAUUAUGAUGCAACUGCUAUACCAAACAAUGUUUUAAAUUUAAAAGGUGAUGAAUUUUUUAAGUUUAUUAAACAAUUAGGUGGUGAAAUGUUAUGUGAAUUAUUGCAAAUUCAAUCAAUAGAUUCUACCGAAAAUGACACUGCAAAUAAUAAUGAACCAACAUUUUUAACAGCAUUUAUUGACUGUAUUGUAAACAAUCUAAAUAAAUCAUCGAAUAAUUAUCGUUAUUCUAAGUCUAUCGAGCAAUUUGCCUUAUCAUUAUACAUAUUAGGUGGCAAAAUGACGUAUCAAUUUGUUAGAAUGAAUUUAUCUCCUGCUUUACCUAGUGUACAAACAUUAAAUAAAUUAAUAUCGAGCAGCGAUCUUAGAAUAAAUGAAGCACAAUUUCGCUUUGAUAAAUUACAUGAAUAUUUCAAUGGAAUUGAUGUUAAAUAUGCAUUUGCUUCCGAGGAUUGCACUGGCGUAAUACGAAAAAUAAAUUACGAUCAAGAAACAAACUCAUUUGUUGGAUUUGCUACACCACUUGUCAAUGGAAUACCGGUUUCCAAGUACUAUCAAACAAAUUCCUUCAAUCAAUUAGAGUCAUGGUUCAACUCGUCAGAUAAAUCAUCUUUAUUGAAUAUACAUAUGAUGCAACCAUUGCCAUCAUCAAAUAACUCUACUGCUCCAUCUGCAUUUUUAUUGGCUGGCUAUGGUGCUGUCAACACUUAUACAUCAAUGGAUAUAUUACGGCGGUGGCUAUUUAUAUUUGAUAAUAAUCUGCAGAAAAAUAUUCGAAUUAUUGGUUUUUCAACAGAUGGUGAUGCAAAAUAUCUUCGUGCAAUGCGCUUGGUGAGCGGUUUUUUUGCAUCAUUGCCUUAUUUUAAAUUAGAUGAGCGACGUGCAGCAUUUGAUUUAACAGCAACAACAACAAAAUGGCCCUGGUUUUAUUUAAGAAGCAAACAGCUUCUGUUGUUUUUCCAAGAUCCCAUUCAUUUAGCUACAAAGUGGAGAAACCGUUUGUUGUCUUCCACAGCACAACUUCGUCUUGGUACACAACAUAUUUCAAUAGACCAUUUAAUCGAUAUUGUUGAAGAUUCUAAUUAUUCUAAAUUAGAUCAUGGAUUAACUCGAAGUGAUUUAAAUCCCAAAGAUCGUCAGAAUUUUAAUUCCUGUGUCAAAAUAGCUAAAGAUGAUGUAUUGUCUAUAUUAGUUGCUGAUGCUGAUACGUAUGGAACAUUUAUCUAUUUACAUUUGCUUAAAAAGAUAAUAUCGACUUAUGUAGAAAAAACAACAAAAAUUAACGAACGUUUACAGUCCGCCUGGUGUAUUGUAUUCGUAUGUAGAAUGUGGUGGACUUGGAUACAACAUAAAGUAUUCGCGUCAACAACAGCUUCGACAACAACAAAACGAAACAGCAAAGCAACAUUUUUUAUCACAAAAACAGCGUACUUCUCAGUUGAACUGAACGCUCACAAUUUGCUUUACAUAAUUUUAUUAGUUAAACAAAAGCAACUGCCAAAAGAAGCAUUAAAUGUGUAUUUGUUUAAUUCUCAGUCAUGCGAAUCAAUGUUUCGUAACGCCAGAUCAUUAAGUGGUACAUAUUCAACAAGAAUUAAUUUUACUGUUGCUGAUUUUCUUAAUCGUUCACAAAAGAUUUCUAUGUUAAAUCGAAUAAAAUGUGAUAAUUUAUUUCAACAAGAUGAUAGUGAACAUUUAUCAUUUCCUAUUCAUCACAAACACAAACGUGAUAAUCAUCUAUUAUCUUUACAAAAUUUAGAUGAUAUUGAUCAACUUGAUGUAGAAAAUAUCAUUUCAGAUGCAUAUAGUGAAGCACUUGAAUUAAUUAAACGUUUAGAAAUAUCGAGAUUACUGCAAGAACAUGAUGUCCUUGGUUUAAAUUCAUUGAGUAAAUAUGUAUUUACACAACUUAGUUCCAGGUCAAAGAUGUUUGAUUACUCAACACAAAUAAUAAAUGAUGAUGAUGAUAAUGAAUUUGAUCUCGAAGACGAAGAAGAAGAAGAAGAAGAAGAAGAUGAUGAUGAUAAUAGUGAUAUCAUCAACCAACUUAAUAAUGAUGUCAUCUUUGAUGAAGACGAUGACAACAAUUGUACUAUGACGACAAUAAAAUCAAAUUUCAAUGGCAUGAAAAUUUUCGAUGAAAUUGAAACUGGUCGACGAGAUUCUUAUUUUAAACUGAAGAUUAAUGAUAAAUACAAAUAUAUUCAUAAACAAUCGGCUUGCUGGUUAUUAACUGAUAAAAACACGCGUUUGUCAAAUGAUCGACUCUCUCGAGUUAUUCAAUCAAGCCGCAAAGAUAAUAACAAUCGUUUUUAA